GGCGGCGUUUGGCCCAUCGCGGCCGCCUUAGCCGCGCCGUCGCCGGCCCGCCGCGGUUCCUCGGGGUCUGCCCGGCCUCUGGGGGUUCCGCCAGCGGCGCCCGCCGCGGCUGGGCCGGGCCGGCGCAAUGUUCACCAGCACCGGCUCCAACGGGCUCUAUAAAGCACCUUUGUCUAAGAGUCUGUUAUUGGUCCCAAGUGCCAUCUCAAUUUUAUUGACUCUGCUGUUCCAACAUUAUCAGAAGUUCUUUGCAUAUAACCUACAAGCUAUAAAAGAGGAUUUUCAGAUUUGGAGACUUGUAUGUGGGAGAACAAUAUGUCUUGAUUUGAAGGACACAUUCUGCAGCUGUCUGCUCCUUUACAACUUUAGAAUAUUUGAAAGAAGAUAUGGCAGCAGAAAAUUUUCAUCCUUUUUACUGGGUGCUUGGAUGCUCUCAGCUUUGUUUGAUCUUCUCCUUGUAGAAAUUGCUCAGUAUAUAUUUGGCAUCACCAUCAACAGCUUGCCUUCUGGUUUCUUGGGUCCUGUGUUUGCUCUGUUUGUACCAUUUUAUUCCUCCAUUCCAAGAGUGCAGGUGACACAAGUAUUAGGCCACUUUUCUAUCACAAACAAGACACUGGUUUAUAUACUGGGUUUACAGCUUGUAACCUCUGGUUCCUACAUCUGGAUUUUAGCCUUAAGUGGAUUGGUUUCUGGUAUUUGCUACAAUAGCAGUAUAUUAAAAGUUCAUCGAAUUCUUUGUGUACCCAGCUGGGUAGCAAAGAUAUUUUCUUGGACUCUUGAACCAAUCUUCUCAUCUGCGGAACCAACAAAUGAAGUUCGAGUGGGAAUGGGGGCAACAGUUGAUAUCCAGAGGCAGCAGAGAAUGGAGUUAUUGGAUCGUCAAAUCAUGAUGUCUCAGGUUGCCCAAAUGAGGCGGCAGAGGCAGCAGCAGGUAUUGGGUGGGAUGAUUAACUGGAAUAGACUGUUUCCUCCUUUACGUCAUAGACAUAAUGUGAAUUACCAAGAUCAUCACCCGUCUGAACAAGACACACCUCCACCUACCGAGGUUUCUGAAGAGCAGGUUGCACGACUUAUGGAAAUGGGCUUUUCCAGGGGCGAUGCUCUAGAAGCUCUGAGGGCUUCAAAUAAUGACUUAAAUGUAGCCACUAAUUUUCUACUGCAGCACUGAUGGUUUUCUGUGUGAAGGAACUCGCUCAAUGGGUUGUACACAUGUGAAAGAGGAUCAAAGCCACCUGCUGGACAGACUCACAAAGGUCGUCCCUGCAAGAGCAUCAGAAAAGAGAAACUGGCUCCGUGUGACUGGUGAUUCAAAGCGAUGUUAACGAAUGAUGAAUGACGUGAACUCUUCCCCAGCCUUCAGAUCACUUGGUGGUUUCUAGUCUGGUUAUCCUUUUCAAAGUAACUUUAGUUUCUACUUAUUACUGGAUAUCACCUAUAUUUGUUUUUAAAAUAAAGUAGGUGGUUUUUUCUUGUAAGUCCUUGUUAGACAUGUUAUCAUACUUAAUGACUAGGAAAAUAAGCUACAACAACGACAACUUGAUUUACCUAUCAAGAAAAAUUAUAUUUUCUUCGUUUACCAGUCUAAUUUCUCUAGCUUACAUGUUAUUUUACAGUACUUGAUUUUUGGUUACAGUAAUACGAGGUUUAAAGAUCGCUUUGUUUUCAACUCAGUAGAGGGUUGUGGGACUAUUAUGUCAUUCUUGGAAAGUUUUAUUAAUGCCUGUAAUAUUUUAUUUCUUUAAUUCCUUUUUAAAAUAAAAGUUGUCUUUCAGCACAUAAUGCACAGAUAGGGUGAGAGAAAAUUCAUGUGCAUAUUGCAAGCUAUGGUAAGUGACCGCUGUACAUUUAAAUUUUUACAAACUGAGUGAAUUGCUAUUCAGAUACAGGUCAUGAAGAUACUCACUGGAAGCAAUAAGGAUGGAUCAAAUGAUACAGUAAGGUCAGAACUGAAAUGAUUGGAAGGGACUUCCACGUCUAAUUCAGACACUUCUGUAACAAGGGAUAUAUGCUCAGUGUCCUAUGUGCUGGUUUCUUUUUUUGAGCUGGCUACAUACUGUCUUAAAAGAAAAUGAUAAAAAGCUAACUUUUAUAUAUAAUAGUUCUAGUUUUCUACUGUCAAAGAUGUGGAUGACCCUGCAUUUUCUGAAUCCUCACUGUCUGAAGCAACUUAUUGGUGAUCACAGGCUGGAAUAAUUGACCUUAAGGGCAGUUCAGGUUUAACACAGGAGUUAACAGGACGGUAAUGUCAAGGUCGUACAGUAUUGGUUUUGAAGUUUAGAUUGCUAAGUAAGUUUGCUCAGCUUGACUCUCAGAAGCCUUUAGUAUUAGCACCUUCAGAGUUUCAGAUGGUAGGGUGGAGAGAGGUGAACAUCUCUAUAAAACCGAGCUGAAGUAAUACAAGUUUCCAAACUGCGACUCCGUGAAAACAAUCUGCACAUGUAUCUCAAAGCAUUUAAUGUAUGUUUCUGUAUGUACUUGUGUUUGUAUAUUGUGUGUAUAUGUGUCUAUUUAUAUACACACAGGCAUAUUUAAUACAUACAUACAUUUAGAGUAAGAUAUAGGUCAUUGGAAGCAUAACAAAGGCACUAGCAAGCGCAGAGGGGAGGAGAUGAAAGAAUACAGGGGAGAGGAGGAUCUUUAGGAAAUCCAAAUGAACAUGUGUGUUCCAAAGUACAGAUCUGCGCAGUCUCACUCAGCCUGGAAAAUAUGCCAGGCAAUUAUAGGACAGAUCUAGGGAGAGAGGGAGAUAAGUUUUAUUUUUUAAUUGACUGAAAACUGAAAAAAGUCCUUCAGGCAUACAGGUCCUUAUCCAGAAGUAACAGCAGAUUUGUGCAGCUUUUGGCACGUGACGUAAUUUUUAAUAAAGUCAAUGUCUGGAUGGGGUUUUUUUUAGUAUUUUCCAGUGGGUGAAAUAAGGAAUUUUUUGAAUGACUGGGUGUUUUUCCUGGGCUUUGGUCAGCCUCCUUCAGGGUUUGGCUUGCUGCUAUGAUCACAGUAUUUAAGCAGGGUCUGCUUUUUAAUUGAAAGGUUUUGUUUGUGUGAAGCUGAGCGGCUCUCUGUGUGUGUACACUGGGGACAUUUCUGUACCCAGAGAACUCUGGAAACCUGCUGUCUUACAAAGCAAAGGGCAAAUGUAAGGGGAAAAGCACUACAAUAAUUUGUAUAUGCAAACUAGUUAAAUAUUUUGAAACAUACACAGGUUUUAAUUUUGAAAUGUACAGAUUCUUCCUUCACAAAUAUUUUAUCAAAAGUAACAAUAAAGACGAGUGAAUUACUUCAGAAGUCAAAUUCUGUCUGUAGGUAAUAAAGGUCCACCUAGCCCAGGGUAAAUUAAACAUGCCCUGUUCUAGGGACAAGCACAAAGAGCUUUUAUUCCUUGGAAUUUUAAGUGGCAUCUGGAACAUAUAAGUGGAUAUUCUCCACGUCUGAAUCCUUUCUUACUAUUAUCUGUACAAGGGGUAUCCAAAUGUCACAGUUGUGUGGAAAACCCCAUUUAGCUGGGCAUUUCACAAAACAUGGUCAGUCGUAAGGGGUAAAAUUCAGGUCUUGGUGACGUCAGUUGAAAACUCCCCUUGAUAUCUGUGAGAAUAGUUUCCAGGGUUGUGAUUUCCAAUUAAAAAAAAUGAAGUGGUAAAGGGAAGGGUCUCAGAUGCCGUUGAGUGCAGUUCCUGUUUCAUGCAAGAAGUACAGAAGAAAAAUUCACACACUAGAGCUGGAAAACAACUCUGUUUCCACUUGAUGGUAAAACUUUCACGGACCAUUUCUGGGAAUGUGAGGAACGUGUUCUUCACAGCCUACGCAAUGUUUGUCCAAUACGGUUUUGAGUAUCUCAUCACACAGUUGCUAUUUCGUGUGUGACACAAUGAGAUAUUUUUUUUUUAGGCAACAAGAGAAUGCAGAAUACUUUUCUAUGGAGAAGAUUUAAGUCCCUGGGAAAUUCACAUUGGUUUUAGUAAAGCCGAGAUUUGGUCUUUUGAAAGAAAAGUAGCUAACAUUUCUCUACUAAACUGGGAAUGUUGUCUUUUGAGACAACAUCGGAGUAAUUUAUUGGGGACUUUCCUAGAUGGUUAUGUGGUACUUUGAAAUACACGCACAGUGAGGUUUGUAUUUGUGGAAAUCUGCCUGAUAAGGCACCAGGUUCUCAAGCCUUAACUUUUUGCUAAGAUGCAGGAGAAUUGGGCUCCGUACCUACCAAAACUAUUCUCCUCUCUCAAAACAAGCGCUGGCAGUUGCCCGCUACUUAGUGAGCACAUAGACUGUCGCAGCUGGUUCAUGUACCAACCUGUGCUGUCCAGCGCUUGUUGGUGCCUUUGUGAACAUGUGAUGGAGAAAAGGGUUCGUUAUUUUUGUCUGAAACAGAAGAACAAGCAAGCAAAAUGUAAUCACAAGGUACUAGGGAAAGGGCAACAUUUGUGGCUUUCCUGUUUGUGUGUGUGUAUGUAUAUAUAUGCAUCUAUGUGCCUGUAUGCAUAUGUAUAUAUACAGAGAAAGAAUGAGAAUAUUUAUGUAUCGGUUUGAUGAAUUUAACUGGAGCUAAGAGUUUGUUGAAGAAAAUUAAAAGUCUGUAUUCAAAGUC